GGAAGGAAAUGACUGCAUGAGUAUUGCAUGAGUUUUCAGACCGACAACAUUACUGAAAUUCUAUUACAUUUGGUUAAUAUAAGAUUGUUUAUUGCUUUAGUAAAUUGAACAAGAUAAGAAUGUCUUACAAUUACGAAGAUCUCAGCAUUGGAGAAAUAAAAGAGUUGCUGCGGCAAUGGCGGGAGAACAACGAGCGGCGCAGCGAGGACGUGAUGGAGUUCUGGGUCGCCAUCAUGGACGACAUCAACAAGCUCGGCAAUGAGAAGUACGUGAUCCUGGAGCAGGUGCUGUACGCGGCGCUGGAUACCCACACGUACAGCGUGUCCCGGCAGUGCAUCUCCCUGCUGAAGCAGGAGUUCCCGGGCAGCAUGCGGGUGCUGCGCUACAAGGCGGCGCAGCUCGAGGCCGAGGAGAGGUAUGAAGAGGCCUUGGAGCUGCUGGACGUGAUCAUCAAGGCGGACGAGACGAACGCGGCCGCGCGCAAGCGCAGGGUCGCCAUCCUCAAGGCGCAGGGACUUAUCGUCGAGGCCAUCAAGGAGCUGGUCGACUACCUGAAGAAGUUCAUGUCAGAUGUGGAGGCGUGGCAGGAGCUGUGCGAGCUGUACCUGCAGAGCGGCGAGUACGCGCGCGCGGCCUUCUGCGCGGAGGAGCUGCUGCUGCACCAGCCGCACAGCCACCUGCACCUGCAGCGGCUGGCCGACAUCCGGUACACCAUGGGCGGCAUGGAGAACAUGGAGCUGGCCAAGACGUACUACUGCCAGGCCGUGAAGCUCAACCCGGACAACAUGCGCGCGCUGCUCGGGCUGUUUCUGGCGACCAACAACUUACUGAACUACUACAAGUCCUCCGGCAACAGCAGCAAGCGGCAGGAGGUGCUCAAACUGUGCCAGUGGUCGCAGAGUGAGGCGGCGCGGAGGCAGAAGGAGGCCCUCGGCGCCGCGCCCGCGCCCGCGCCGCUCGCGCGCUUGCUCGCCGCGCUCGCCAUCGCCGACUAGCUCACGGGGACACACACAAACACACACACACACACACACACACACGCACACGCACACGCGUGCGACUGCACACUCUACUCGAUCAAACUGCCAUUUUACUAUGUGCAAUAUACCAGUUUAUGAACUAACACAUACUACUCGGGCUCAUCUUUGUACAUACAGUCGAUGUUUAAUUAUAUACCUUUUCUCCAAUAUUUAUGCUCGGAAAUUUUCACCUAAUUGUAGCAAAAAUAGUACGGGAAGUUCUUUGUUAAUGUCAAACUCUAAUUUAAAAAAAUCAAACUAUAGCUGUCCUAUUCUAGCGAACGGGAAGUAAAAAAACACUACAGUAAUAACUUAUUACUGUAGUGUUUUUUACUUUUUUAAUAUAAAAAACUCAUACAGCCAAUUAUUAUUGCCGCGAGCCGCGUCUACACGACCCGAUCAGCUAUCAUUUCAAGCUAUAUAGGAUAGAGUGAGAUAGUAAGAUAAACGACCUUACGUGACUCGUUCUUACAAGACCGAUGUGCACGUGUAUGAUCGUGCGAAUACUGCUUAAUAAAAUCAAAGAUUAUUUUUAUAUUUUUUUAAGGAUCUUAUCCGUGUUCAUAAAGCUUAUAUAGUUUGUCAAAGGACUUUCUCAUUUCAAACAUAGAUAAAGAGAAUCAUACUAUCUUUGUCUUACACUAGUACUAGCACCCAAAAGAAAAGGAUGGGUAUAGUUUUCCUGGUUUGACCAACUAUAUUGCACAAUUAUAUUGAAUGAACGAAUAUUGAAUGGUACUGAAUGGCAGAAUAAGUUUGUGCCUUUAACUUUUUAAAAAGAGGGAAAUUGUUUUUGACAUUUUGGAUGCGUAGGUUCGAUUUGAAUGAUGCUUGAUGCUUGAAUAAUUAUUAUUUUACCUAAUUUCCUCGCAUGUUUGGAGAAAAGGACUAUAUAUGCCUCGGCAGGAAUAGCAAUUCGUGGAUUCGUCUUCUUUGUCUCGGCUCUGCAAUAAUUUACCAUUGUAUUGUCCCCACUCCGCGUACCCGAGGGGGAACAGGCAGGAAUAAAUCCCUUUCCAUCUUUCCCCGGGGACAUAUAAAUGUAACAGUUUGACUCCACCACGGAAUCGAGACGGGGACAGAUGUGAUGAGAACACAUCGUAUCUCAAAAAAACUUAUUGAAACUAAUUGUAAUCAUCGACUGUAUAAAAUCUGGACAUAUGCUAUGCUACAAAGAAUCCCGAUAUUAAGUAUACAUAGUAUACAUUAAUUGAAUGUCGCAUUUUGUAUGCGAAUUCGGAUAUAUAGGAAAUAUUUAAAAAAAAACAAAUCGAUGGACUCGCAUCACUACUGCCAGAAUCCAGUCAAGGAGUCGACACUUUUUUUUAAUAAGUCACUAAAACUUGUGGAUUCCAUCGAUUUCCUGGACUGUCGGUAGAAAAUAAGUUGCAACAUAAAUAUAUGUAACAGUAUAUUAAAUAAUAAAGUUGUUAAGUGA